AGAUCCCUACCUCCCACGCACUUCCCCCUCUAAAAAAUCAAAACACACUGUAGCCUCAUAGUCUGAUCAUUCAGAUAGUUAAUUCUCGUUGAAUGAAACAGCACCCAAAGAGAAACAAAAAUGUGUUCAGAACAUGAGUGCGGAAUUUGUUACAGAAGCUACAACACGGAUUGUCGGUGUCCUCGUGAGUUACAGUGUAAGCACAUCUUUUGUGAGAGCUGUAUCGUGACUCUUUCUCGACCCUCGGUAUGUGAAGUGGAAUCCAGGAAGGAAUGUUCGCGGCAGGACAAGACAAUUGUUUGCCCACUGUGCCGGUACACAACGUCGGUCUCGGGUAAAGUGAGGGCAGCGCUUCGGGUAGACGAAGGUAUUCUUGAGCGCAUGGUGUCAUCUGGCGUACUAAGCAUGACAGACGACGAGGAGGAUCGUGAAGAUGAUGAGACUUCUCAUGAGAACUCAGCCGAGGAAAGGGACUCCUCUUCGGGUUCCGUAGUUGGAAGCUUCCGCCGUUCGCUGAGGCGCGUCUGGGGCAAAUUAACUCGGAAUAAUGACCAACGGAGAGCGGAUUGUAUGACUGAUGAGGACCUACGAGACCUUGCCAUGAUGUCAUGCUACAUCAUUUGAUGAGGACUUCGUUGGAAAAAAGUAAUCAGCUGCUGCUGCACCUGAUUGAUCAGAGAGAGGGCGUUGCUGUCCACGAGCCAACGCUACAGUAUUUAGAAUGUAGAAGACUGGCGGGUCCAGUUGGAGCAAGCAGGAAUAUAGCCUCUUCGCACCGGGAGACCUGUACACGUUGAUCUCCCGUUGCCGAAGUUGACAUCCCUUGCCCCGAAUAACAUAUUUACCAGCCCUAUGACUUUCCAUUUCCAAAGAUUAGAAUAAGUAUUUAAUAUUGUUGGUGCUAAGUUCACAAGCACAAACUUAAUAUAAUUCAAUAUGUAAUUCAGUGUAUUUACUUCAUUCACUUUCAUUGAUUGUGCAGUUUUUUUAGGCCUAUGUUUUGUUGUAAUAAAAGCAUAUAGGCAUACCAAUA